AUGGACAGAGCAUGCACUGAUUAUGAUCACUCCAGCAGGAUGUCCUUCUCCCCAUCAGAGGAUGAGGACUACAGCAGUCUUCAGUCCCCUUCUCCCUACUCCACUGGAGCCCUUACUUCUCCAGCACAAACUCCAGAGAAGUGUGGGGAGGAGAAAAAGAGAAGAAGAGGCAGAAACAGAGUCAAAAACGAAGCCGUCCUUCACACCAUCAAGAAGACCAGAAGAGUGAAAGCUAAUGACAGGGAGAGGGGCAGAAUGCACAAUCUCAACUCAGCCUUAGAUGAACUAAGAGACAUUUUGCCCUGCUUCCCUGACGACACAAAGUUAACUAAGAUUGAAACUCUGAGGCUGGCUCACAAUUACAUCUGGGCCCUGUCUGAAACCUUGAGGUUAGCUGACCAGACCAAAGACAAGACCCAAGUAGAACUAGUGCAAUCAGGAUACAUGAGCCCUGCAGCUCCUCCAAGCCCUGGCAGUGAUGCUGGAUCAUGGAUGUCCACAGCCUCCCCAUCUACAUCAUCGUCAUCCUCCUUCUCAGCAUGCACCUCUAAUCCAAGCAGCCCAGCCAUGUCUGAAGACUGUUACUAUGGACACAGAGAAAGCCUCUUCUCCCUCCACAGCAUCCCACAGAACUUCUUGCAUUCUGCAUGUUUUGUGCAGUACCAGUAG